AUGAAUUCAACAGAGCAGCCUGUUGUUCUGAUCUUUCACAGUGCAUUUGUGGCUACCUCUGUCUUUUGCUUCGUCAGCACCAUUCUCAUUUGUGUCGGAACCUCGACAGUGCUGUACGCCAUCAUCAGGAAUCCCAGAGGCGAUCUAAGAACGCCUUCCUCCCUGCUGUUAAUCAACCUUAGUUUGUCAGACUUUCUUACUGGUUUUCUCCUUGGCGCCAUGAUGACCGCAGAYUCACUCAUGGAUGUAUAUGGCAAAAACAGUUUUCUUUUGGAUGGUCUCGUGUUYRUAGUGGGAAGUUUGCUUCUUUUCGUGAACAAUCUGACAAUUGCAGCCAUUUCUGUGGACCGCCUUCUAGCUGUAUCAAUACCUCUACAAUACAAGAGUUUCGUCACAUCAAAGUUAGUCAAGAUAGUCAUAUUUAUGAUUUGGCUUUUGUCAUUUCUAAUUUGUCUUCUUCCAGUUUUUGGUGUCUCUAGAAAUGCAUUUUUAUUACUAUACAGUCACAGCCAUGUUUCCUUUCCAUUCAUAUUUCUCACUGGUAUCUACAUCGCUAUCUUUCGAAUCCUUGCAAAGCAAAGACAUCAGCUGAUGCGACAUUUACAAACCAGCGAUGGAGAAACUAUGACAACAGCAGAAAAAAUGAGAGAAAAAAGACGAAUGAAGAGAGAUCGUCAUCUCACURCUACAGUGGURUUAGUAAUGCUUAGUUUCUCSAUAUCAUCKUUACCGUUUCUCAUUUGUGUUCAUUUAAUAAUUCACAUUGAAAGCUGUAACAACUGCGUGAAUCUGUACUGGGAGAGAACAAUCACUUCAAUAUUUUAUUUUUCCGGGAGGUUUGUUAUUUUGAAUKCUGUACUGGACCCACUACUGAUCGUUUGGCGAAUGCCUAAAAUGCGUGAAGCGGUUCGAUUAACGACUGUAUGGAAACAUGUUUUACCGAGAGAUAACAAAAUUCGCAAUGUGGCYCCAGUAGACGUACGUUCGGCAUAUACGGUGGAAGAUUGUGGAUAMGUUCAACGUCAUGUGAACUGCAUURAACAUUGA